GGUGAAGGCUUCGUAGAGUUCAGGAAUGAGGCUGACUAUAAGGCUGCUCUGUGUCGCCAUAAACAAUACAUGGGCAAUCGCUUUAUUCAAGUGCACCCAAUUACUAAGAAAGGUAUGCUAGAGAAAAUAGAUAUGAUUAGAAAAAGACUGCAGAACUUCAGCUAUGACCAGAGGGAGAUGAUAUUAAAUCCAGAGGGAGAUGUCAGCUCUGCCAAAGUCUGUGCCCACAUAACAAAUAUUCCAUUCAGCAUUACCAAGAUGGAUGUUCUUCAGUUCCUGGAGGGAAUUCCAGUGGAUGAAAAUGCUGUACAUGUUCUUGUUGAUAACAAUGGGCAAGGUCUAGGACAGGCAUUGAUUCAGUUUAAGAAUGAAGAUGAUGCACAUGGCCAACUGCAUGACCUUGGUUCAGCUGUCCAUUUCCUGUGCUCACCUCAUUGACAAAGACAUCGGCUCCAAGUCAGAUCCACUCUGUGUCCUUUUACAGGAUGUGGGAGGGGGCAACUGGACUGAGCUUGGCCGGACCGAGCGAGUCCGGAACUGCUCAAGCCCUGAGUUCUCCAAGACCCUGCAGCUUGAAUACCACUUUGAAACAGUCCAGAAGCUCCGCUUUGGCAUCUAUGACAUAGACAACAAGACACCUGAGCUGGGCGAUGAUGACUUCCUAGGGGGAGCUGAGUGUUCCCUGGGUCAGAUUGUGUCCAGUCAGACAUUGACUCUACCCUUGAUGCUGAAGGCUGGGAAACCUGCUGGGCGAGGGACCAUCAUGGUCUCAGCUCAGGAGUUGAAGGACAAUCGUGUAGUAACCAUGGAAGUAGAGGCCAGAAACCUAGAUAAAAAGGACUUUCUAGGAAAAUCGGACCCAUUCCUGGAGUUCUUCCGCCAUGGUGACGGGAAGUGGCAUCUGACAUACAGAUCUGAGGUAAUUAAGAACAACCUGAACCCUACGUGGAAGCGUUUCUCAGUCCCCCUUCAGCACUUCUGUGGGGGAGACCCCAGUACACCCAUCCAGGUGCGAUGCUCAGACUAUGACAGUGAUGGCUCACAUGACCUCAUUGGCAGUUUCCACACUAGCCUGACCCAGCUCCAGUCAGUCCCAGCCAACUUUGAAUGCAUCCACCCUGAGAAGCAGCAGAAGAAGAAGAGCUAUAAGAACUCUGGAACUAUCUGUAUCAAGACUUGCCAGGUUGAAAGAGAAUAUUCCUUCUUGGAUUAUGUGAUGGGAGGCUGUCAGAUCAACUUCACUGUAGGUGUGGACUUCACUGGCUCAAAUGGAGACCCCUCCUCACCUGAUUCCCUGUACUACCUGAGCCCAACAGGUGUCAAUGAGUACCUUACAGCACUGUGGAGUGUGGGCAGUGUGGUUCAGGACUAUGACUCGGACAAGCUAUUCCCGGCGUUUGGAUUUGGGGCCCAGGUGCCCCCUGACUGGCAGGUGUCCCAUGAAUUUGCCUUGAACUUCAAUCCUAGUAACCCCUAUUGUGCAGGCAUCCAGGGCAUUGUAGAUGCCUACCGCCAAGCCCUGCCCCAAGUUCGACUCUAUGGCCCUACCAACUUUGCACCGAUCAUCAACCAUGUGGCCAGGUUUGCAGCUCAGGCUGCACAUCAAAGGACUGCCUCGCAAUACUUCGUGCUGCUGCUGCUGACCGACGGUGCUGUGACCGAUGUGGAGGCCACACGUGAGGCUGUGGUGCGUGCUUCGAACCUGCCCAUGUCAGUGAUCAUUGUGGGUGUGGGCAGCGCUGACUUUGAAGCCAUGGAGCAGCUGGAUGCUGAUGGUGGGCCCCUGCGUACAUGCUCUGGGGAGGCAGCUGCCCGUGACAUAGUGCAGUUUGUGCCCUACCGCCGCUUCCAGAAUGCCCCUCGGGAGGCGUUGGCACAGACUGUGCUUGCAGAAGUGCCUACACAACUAGUCUCCUGCUUUAAGGUCCAAGGUUGGGCCCCAUUGAAGCCGCUUCCAUCUCCAGCAAAAGACCCUUCACAGGCCCCUCAGGCCUAA